CAGCAGUUUAUAUUUCGAGAGUAUCAAUGGCUGUCUUCGAAAGACAACAAGGCGGAAAUCCCCACAUUUCCAAACGUUUUCUUCGAUGAAGACAACUUUAUCCUCUGCUUUAAAGACUGAGCAUUAUUUGCCAAGAAUAUUGAAGAGAUUUGUUUGAUCGAAUGCUGCGAUUUUCACGGAAACCAUCAGCCACAGACAAGCAGGCAAAAGGGAAGACCUCUAAAUCUGGAAAACGCAAAGGAAAGAGCCAUAACCAGUCAGCUUCACCAGAUGAAUACGGAGAUAGAAGAAAUAACCUGAUAGGAAUUCAAGAAUGCAGAAAGUUAUUUGCAAGCGUUUCACGGAAAAAGUCUGCCAAGUGUGUAGCAACAUUUCGGAGAAAAUCGCAAUUGUCCAAGACCCUGGUAGAAGUCCUAAUGGAUGACAGUGUUUUACCUUAUUUUAUGGAGUAUAUGCAAAAACAAAAUGCUACAAAUCUAUUAAACUUUUGGCUGACAGCAGAAACGUUUAGACUUUCAACUAUAAGUCGCUUAAGAAUUAACUCUAUGUCAAGGUUAAAAUCUUCGAAAGGUGAGACUGCUAGUGCCAUUCCAGAUGGAGAUGUGACUGCCUUGCCAAAUUCUUUGCUUUUGUGUAGCAUGGGGAAUUCUUUAAAUCAACCUAACACUUGUGGUAGUCCAAGUGAAGUUGCAGAUCAGUCAUGUAUUUUAGAUGGUGACAAUAACGAGUUUGGUGACUUCACUAGUUAUGAGCCAGAGAGUUUUACUUCAUCAAUUCCUAUGGAAAAGAAUAGCAGUGAAGUUUUGUUGCUAUGCAACAGUUGUGGACAUAUAAUCAACCCCACCUCAUCAAACAAAGAUGUAUGUGAUCAUUGUGGACAUAAACGAACUUCUAGUGAUAACACUUCCAUUUCUAGUAAUUUGAACCACUCUAGCAAUCAAGAGGCACGUUUCAGUUACUGUAGUGGUUUACUUGAUGGUUUAAAUCAAAUGAACUUGAGUAACCAGGCAGAGGGAGAAAGCAUUCAAGGUACUACAAAUUACAUCAAUAAUGAUACUGGUCGGAGACAAAUAGGAAUUCGAUCAUCAAAAGUUACUUUUGACCUGACACCAGACUUUGAAAAUGAACAACAUGGGUUUUGCGGAAGAAGGACAAGAAGUAUAGUUAUAGAUGCUGUCAGUAUUUAUAGCAAGUAUAUCUCAUUAGAGGCAUCAAACCCAAUCGGGCUGGAGGAAUCCAUCCGACGUCAGGUUGAAAUCAAUAUCUGUAGUGAAGAUGGAAGGAUUUGUCCAGAUUCCUUUCAGCCAGCACAGGUGUUUGCAUAUGAUGUAAUGGAAAGGAUGUAUUUCCCUGCAUUUCUUUCCAGUUCAUUUUAUUGUAAGCAUCAAAUUGACAUCUUGACAAGUGGAAAAGUAUUCUUGUCUGACAUUUUGUACAAUCAAAAUGCUAUGUUUUACUUCAUGGAGCUGUUGAAAUCGACUUUUUGGAGCAAAACUGUGUCCGGGCUCUGGAACCGAGUUAAGGACCUUGUGACGUCACUGGUUGUAUUCACGCAAGAAGCGUUCCUGGAGCAAGAAGGGAUUCGACAUAUGCUGGAGUUCUGGUUGACUGCAGAUAAUUUUCAGUUUCAUUUAAAAUCACAAAUGGAGACUGGCCAGUACAAUGCACAACAUGCUCUGGAUGAUGCUAUGAUCAUUUAUGACAAGUGAGUGUUUCUAUUGAUUCCACCCCCAAAGGAUCCGCAUUUUACAACAGUCACAUUUUAUGUUUUACUUUUAAGUGAUAGCUUGCAUGAUGCAUAAUCCUCUGGGGCAAAUAGAGGAUUUAGAGAAUAGGGUUUGAGAUACCAACCUUUGAAGGCAGACCUGGUGGGGGGCCUGGGGCAUCUCCCUCAUGAAAAUUUUUAAAAUUGAGAUGGAUUUCCCACAUUCUGGGGCCAAGUCCGCAUGUUAUAAUGUCUCAUUAAAGUCAAAGUCACCUAGACACGAGGGUAUAGAGUGAGUUUGGUACACUUUACCUUUGCUUUACUUUCUAACAUCAGCUGAGCACUGCUUUGGUAAUAUGGCAGAGAAACGAUCAUCAUUUGGUGUUGUUGCACGCCAGGUUACGAUGACGGGAAUUGAAUGUAUGAACGUAUAUAUCUUUUUUGGAGGAAAGGUGUUUUUGAAUGAGGAUUUAAAUUGUGGAAAUCCGACAGAAA